UAGCAGCAACAACAUGAUGAAUGACACCUCCGUUCAGUUUUCUCUGUUUGUCCAUUUAGAUUCAAUCAAUGCAAACUUGAUGGAGGUUGGUAGUCGACCAGGACAUUCCCGAAACUUUUCCUUUGAUGACGACCCAGAAAAUUCGUUUCUCGAACCAAAAUCAUUCCAUCAAUCGACCUUGUCCAUGGUUUCUAUCAAUCAAGAUCCUCCUAGCAUGUCCCACCAAAACGGUAAUUCCAUAUCGUUUCCCCUGAUACCACAGUCCACCUCCACCUCCACCAUGUAUUCCAUGGACUCAAUACCGCAAUUGACUUCAUCCACAUCCAACCAGUCAUUAGCUGAAUCACCAAAUUCGUUGCAACCAAAUAGCCAGUUCCAAAACCACAUACAUAACCACAUACACCACCAUCCACAUGGAGUAAUGGCCACUCCUCGAAGAGCAGGACGCAAGAAAUCAUCGUCAAUUUCCUCAGCUGCUCCUUUCUCAACCCCAUUAAACACUUCACAUAUAAUGCAAUCACCAAUAGUAACAAACACCACCAGUAAAAUCACAAAGACUCCCCAUUUUAAACCAAGUCAUGCUCGAUCGAGAUCUCGCGUUUCUGUUGAUUUAAAGAAUAGUGCCAACCCUUUCUAUACUCCUUCACAACAACUGUUUUUAUCAAUGGCCGAAGACAGUGGAACACCUUUGUUAACACCCACUGCCAGUUCCAAACGAAGUACAAGAAUAAGACCAAGUUCAUCAGGCACAUUCUUUAGUCCGUUGUCCAGCAACACUAGUACCACCAUUCAGUCUAGUACCUUGGAUAGGAUUGAGAUACCCGAAGAUGAUGCCUUGAAACAAUUACGCAAAGCUAGAUCAUUUAGCAGUCUUCUGAAAAGAAAACUGCAACAGCAGUACCCUCAACAACAGUCGCAACUGGAGCCCCAGCAUCUGAUGAUAUUUGGUGAAGAUUUAUCCAUUCGCCUCGAACAAGAUCUCAAUCCUUCGGAAACCCUUGAAUCAACAUCCUCAUCUACACCAGGCGUGUUUUAUAAUGACAUGCCUGGGUCCAGUAUCAAUUAUGAAGCAUCACUACGAUCAUUACUGGUUCCAAGCAGUGCUACUAGUUCCACGGCAGCCCUGGGAAUUGAUUUACUUCUGCCACAAUUUGAUAAUUCUCGACCAUCACCCUACCCACAAGUAAACAAGUCAUUCUCGAGAAGUUUAACUGGUUCCAAUUCGUUUAUAAAGUCAUACCCUGCAUCUAUUGAUCUUGCCACGAUCGCAAAUUCUCAUUACCAGGUCACAAAUGGAGGAUUACUUCCACCCAUGGCAACAUUCACCGUUCAACAUAAUGAUGAAGAUUCCGAUGAGGAGCAACAACUUCCAAGGCAUUCUGAGUCCGAUGAAGACGACACCACGGUGACAUUACCCAUCCCACAGGAUCUUCAGAUUACUAUACCAGUAGUGAGGAACAAUCGUUCAGAAAAGAAUGACAAGGUUGAUCCGAAAAAGAAGCACAAGUGUCCUAUUUGUGAAUCAAGAUUCCAGAGACCUGAGCAUGUAAAGAGACACAUGAAGAGUCAUUCAUCAGAGAAACCAUUUCAGUGUGAGGAACCUGAUUGUGGAAAACGAUUCAAUAGAAAGGACAACUUAAAGGCGCAUUUGAAGAAGAUUCAUGGAAAGCAGGUGUGAACUUUAUCACAUUUACAGACACUCAAAAGACAUUAGCUUUUCAAUGCGUAUUUUACAGUCAUAUAUAGUUUAAGAUAUUAGAUCAUUUAUU